UAUCAGAAUGUUGCCUCCACGUCAGCAGCCUCUGCUCGGAGUUCAAACUGUACCUGUCAUGGCAAAGAAGGUGGAGAGUAUCGGAAAAGCUUGGCCUGAAAAGUCUGUUAUUCGCCGUAUGGCUGAUUACAGAAUGUUUCUUCGUGAUAUAGCGAGAGAUGGUGUUGAUAUUAUUUCUGAGAAGAUGAACCGGUUGUCUGGUGAGUUUCUUGCUGAGUUAAAGAAUGGACUCGGAGCUAUUCUUGAACCAAAUGGCGAUCCCCGUCGUAGGGAGGAAUGUUUUAUAUUGCAGAAGCUUGUGAAGACUAGAUCUGAUUUGACUACAAAUAUAUUACUCAGAGCUCACAGAGUCCACCUCGAAAUUCUUGUUGCCAUAGCUACUGGAAUUCGAGCAUUUUUGCAUCCAACGGUUGUCCUCCCUCCGACAUCUCUGAUUGAGGUGCUUAUUUUCAAGAGAUGUAAGAAUUUAGCCUGCCAACAUCAACUUCCGGCUGAUGAUUGUGUCUGUAAAAUAUGCAGAAAUGGUUUUUGCAAUCAAUGCAUGUGUGUGAUUUGCCACCAGUUUGAUUUUGAAGUCAAUACUUGUCGAUGGAUCGGUUGUGAUGUCUGCUCUCAUUGGACUCACACGGAUUGCGCUAUUCGUUAUGGACUAAUUUGCUCGGCCCCAUCGGAAACACUUUUCCGAUGCUUGGCGUGUAAUCGGACGUCUGAACUGCUGGGAUGGGUGAAAGAUGUUUUUGGACAAUGUGGACUAACGUGGAAUGGAAGAAACGCUGUGAUGAGAGAACUCGAUUUUGUGAGCAGAAUCUUCAGGGGAAGUCGAGAUGGUAAAGGCAUGAAACUCUUUUGGAAAUGUGAGAAGGUUAUGGAUGAAAUGAAGCGUGGACUCGCUGAAUCAGCAGCCUGCAGAGUAUUUCUGACGUUUCUACAAGAACUCGAGGCAGACUCGCUGAAGACUCCAGUUGAGGAGCCAUGUGACCGAAUUGGUCGAGUGUUGAAAGAGGUCGUAAAGAAGAUGGAGAUGGUGGCGGACGAGAAGAUGAGAAUGGUUAUGAAAACCCGCACAGCUCUCGAGGCUUAUGAUUGUGAACUGGAGAAUAAGGCUAAAGAAGUGUCAGAAUUAAUGGUGGAGAAGCAAAAGAAGAAGCUACAAAUAGAAGAACUAGAAAGAAUUGUAAGGCUUAAGCAGGAAGAGGCUGAUAUGUUUCAGCUUAAAGCAAAUGCGGCCAAACAAGAGGCAGCGAAGCUGCAGCGGACUGGUUAUUCCGAGACUGAUCAUUCAGAGGAAGAAUAUGGCAGCAGUUACCUCAAACUUAGUUUAAGUUAAGCUCAAGUAGAGAAGCAGUUCCUGUUUCAGAAGCUUCAGCUGCAGGAGACCAAAGCUAGUUAAUAGUUUACUAGGUUCUAAGAAGAUGUUCUAAUAAUAAUUCUUUUAUUUUCUUGCUAA